AGGGCAGUUGGAAAAUCAGCAGCAGCAGAGGAUUUCAUACACCGCCGAUACGUCAUGGCAUGUUCCGAAUAAACGUCUCUCUGUACAGCUUCUAUCUGUUCAAAGACUAGUUUGUGUCCUUGCAGACUAAGGUCUUAAAUGUGCUUAUUUUCUGGAAGUGGCCAAGUUGCGUUUGCCAUAAUCAUGGCAUUGUGCAUCGUCUUGACUGGAGUAGCCGCUUUCAAGCAAGGCGAAGGAAAGCUUCACACAUGGUCAUGCUUGUUAGACGAAAAAGAUUGCACUAAGCUGGAAUUUAAACAUCGCAAGUUCAUGCAAUUAGUUGCGGGUUUUGUCUGCACUUCUUUUAUACUCGAGAUUUUGGCUAUGUUGUACAAUUUCAGUAUUGUCUGCUUGUGCUUUUUUCGCGAUUAUGCCUUACAUCCACUGACAUGGUUUGCCUUCUUAAUAUUCGGAUUUCUGCUAGCUGCUAUGAUCAUUUUUUCGGCGGCUCACAACUCCGGUAAUGGGUACUAUCCUAAGGGUGAAGAGUAUGGUUGGGGCAGCCUUUGCUUAAUAUUUGCAAUUAUUUUAUCCUUUCUGAAUCUCAUCAUAGCUUGCGUGGCACUAUGCUUUGCCGAUGUCUCGGUUUUUAGCGUAUCACUGUGACCGAAUGGAACUCGAACGACUUUGUGAAAGAGCUGCUACUAACAACAAUAAGAAGAUGAUACAUAUGUCUAACUGAAUAUCUAC